AUGAAGGCCUUCAAAGACCGCAUGAAGAAGAUGAACCUCACCGUCGUCACCAAGCCCGAAGGCACGUCUCGGACAAGCCGGCCCGGGCAGUCGUCCCCGCCGACCCUGCUCGCGUCGAAGGCCUCGACGGCCGACGCUCCGAAGGCUGGCGCGCAGAGGCCGCCGCGGAAGCUGAUCGCGAAGGUCUCGGAUGCCGACGUGGCCAGCAUGUACGAAAUCAAGGGCCAGGUCAUGGAGUCCACGCACCAAGGCAUGCAGGUGCUCUUCGGGAAGCGUCGCUCCGAUGGUCUGCAGGUUGUGGUCAAGACGCGCGAGAAGCCAGCGUCCUUCAAGGGGGGCUGGGAGGAACGCGAGUGGCGCGAGACGACGGUGGUCCAGCUGAACAUGCCCAAGAUCGAGAGCAUGUGUGAGUACAUCGAGGUCUUCGAGACCACGUCGAAGUAUUAUGUGGUCAUGGAGCGGGUCAACGGCAUGGACCUGUUCGAGCACUUGCAGCAGGGGCGUAUAAAACAGGAGGAUGCGCGGCAGAUUCUGCACCAGAUGCUCACUGCGCUGGACUCGAUGCACUCUGCGGGCAGGAUACACAAGGACCUGAAACUUGAGAAUGUGGUGGUGGACUUGGCGUCCCCCAAAGUGCGCAGAUGCAACUCCAAUGGGUCCAUGACGUCCGUGGAGGCGAAGCUGAUCGACUUCGACACCGUGCAGGACUGGGAGCCCACGAGCCCUAAGGCCAAGGACGUGCUCGGAACCGACGGCUACAUCGCGCCCGAGGCGUACACGGGGGAGUACUCGCCAGCCUCCGACAUCUAUUGCGUCGGCGUCAUCAUGUACAAACUGCUCACAGGGAGGUCCCCGUCCAGGUCGGACAUCCAGGGGGGGCCCGGCGAGAACUGGGUCGGCAGCCCCGCGAUGAAGCGCAUACAGGACCGCCUGAGGAAGGAGACGGUCGACUUCGCGCGACCGCCGCUGAACAGGUCCCCGGAAGCGCAGCGCCUGGUCCGGAGCAUGAUGGCCUUCGACCCCAACGAGCGCCCCACGGCCGCCGAGGCGCUGGAGAGCAGGUGGUUCCACUUCGUCGGCGACGAGCCCCCGCGGGACCCGAGCCACGCCUCCGUGGAGCCCGCUCGCGCAGGCAGCGACACGAGGUCCCCGGCCGGCGCCUCGGACCCCUCGCCGCCCGCGGCGGACAAGCUGGCCCUGCCGGGCGAGCCCGAGUGA